CCGGCCACGGGGCUCGAACCCGGACCUUCUCACUUGAAGCCUAUUAAUAUCCAUCUGUCCUUCAGGAAUAGCGCAGGCUUCCUCGCGGAUAUUACUUCAGAACACUUUUAGUCGACACAAGGAUAAAACACACCAUGAAACUCAUCAGCUGGACUAAAUUAAACCACCUGUUCUGCUUGUGAAAGUCAGUGAGCAGCAGUCGGGCUCUCUCCAGUCUUUAGGAUGCGCCUGAGACGUCGGAUCUCCCCACUGAAGUUGGUCAUACUAGGUGGUGUGCUCUUCCUGCUGGUCCUUGUGGUGCUCCAGAGAGAUGUAGGUGUUGGCACUCAGGAGCCCUGGUUCCAGGAUUUAUCCAACCGGAAGGAUCAGAUGUUUGAAAUGGUCCGCGAGGCUGUCAACAACCUGGCCUUCCAGAUUCCAGGCCAACCAGACAAUUCUCGGCUGACUUCAGACGUGAAAGCGAACAAAAACUGCCCCGCGGGCUUCUACACCCAGGAUGAACUCAAGCCGUUGGUGGAGAGGCCGCCGGAGGAUUCGCGGAGCCAGGGUGCUGGCGGGAAUGCGUUCCAGGAGGACAAUCUCACUCCGGAUGAAGUGAAGGAGAAGGAAGACGGCAUGACUCGGCACUGCUUUAACCAGUUCGCUAGCGAUCGCAUCUCUCUGCACCGCAGCCUUGGAGAUGACACCCGGCCUCCAGAGUGCGUGGAGCGCAAAUUCCCCCGGUGUCCUCCUCUUCCCACGACCAGCGUGAUCAUCGUGUUCCACAACGAGGCCUGGUCCACGCUACUGCGCACGGUCUACAGCGUGCUGCACACCUCCCCGGCCAUCCUGCUGCGGGAAAUCAUACUGGUUGACGACGCGAGCACAGCAGAUCACUUGCACUCCAAGCUGGAUGAGUACGUAAAGAUGCUGAAGAUGGUUAAAGUCGUGCGUCAGGUGGAGAGGAAAGGACUCAUCACGGCCCGACUGCUGGGAGCCAGUCACGCUCAGGGCGAGAUCCUCACCUUCCUUGAUGCUCACUGUGAGUGUUUCCAUGGCUGGCUCGAGCCACUGCUCGCUCGAAUUGUGGAAGAACCCACGGCUGUUGUGAGCCCGGAAAUCACCACCAUCGACUUAAACACAUUUAAGUUCAACAAGCCUGUGGCCACUGCACGCGCUCAGAACCGUGGAAACUUCGACUGGAGCCUGACGUUCGGCUGGGAGGCGAUUCCUGACUACGAGCAAGCAAAGCGCAAAGAUGAGACCUACCCUGUCAAAACGCCAACCUUUGCCGGUGGUUUGUUCUCCAUUUCCAAAGCCUACUUUGAGGAAAUUGGAACCUAUGACGACCAAAUGGAGAUCUGGGGUGGUGAGAACGUGGAGAUGUCCUUCAGGGUGUGGCAAUGUGGAGGCCAGCUGGAGAUCAUCCCAUGCUCUGCGGUCGGUCACGUCUUCCGCACGAAAAGUCCGCACACUUUCCCCAAAGGAACUGAAGUCAUCGUGCGCAACCAGGUCCGCUUGGCUGAGGUGUGGAUGGAUGAUUAUAAACACAUCUAUUACCGUCGCAGCCCGAAUGCAGCCAGGAUGGCCAAAGAGAUGAACUACGGCGAUAUCACAGAUAGGCUGAAACUCCGGGAAAGGUUACACUGCAAAAACUUCACCUGGUAUUUGAACAACAUUUACCCAGAAGCCUUUGUUCCCGAUCUGCACCCUGCUCAGUUCGGAGCAAUCAAAAACUUGGGGUCUCAGACGUGUCUGGACGUUGGGGAGAAAAAUAAUGGGGGAAAGGCGGUGAUUAUGUACGUGUGCCACAACAUGGGAGGAAACCAGUACUUUGAGUACACAGCACACAAGGAGCUGAGGCAUAACUUGGGCAAACAGCUGUGCCUGCAUGCCACCUCAUACCCAGAGCCAGUGAAGAUUGAGUUGUGCCAGCUGAAAGGUCGCGGUACCAGAGUUGCCCCUCAGCAGGAGUGGAUCUUCACUGAGAAGCAGUUAUUAAAAAAUCCUUCCUCGGGUAAAUGCCUGCACUUUAAAACCGACAAGGUAGUCAUGAGCCCCUGUGACUCAGGAGACCUGCAUCAACACUGGAUAUUCAGCUGAUCUCCGUCUCUGCUGGAAUGAAGAUGAGAAUCCAGACAGAACUGAGGCUCACAUGCUUUAUACCUACACACUGGCGCUCACGCCUGGUCCAUCUGUGUGAACUGACAGCAUAAUGGAUCAAACUAAGAAAAAAAAACCCUUUGAAUGUUAUGAGACUCAGGAAUGCGAGUGAAGACACCGUCUCUCAAGCGGAGACGGGACAGGAUCCCCUGACGGCAGCAUCGUUUACAUGUGCUCACCAGACGUGCGCUCUCCAACCUUUGCAUUUCAGCCUUCAAACUGCUACUUUUAAAGAUUUUAUUUAUGUUUUAGAAAAGUGUGUAAUAAGUGUUUUUUAUUUUUGAAUUUUAUUUGAAGGCAGAUGAGACGGACUUUAUUUUGCCAAGCAUACGUGUUGUUUUGUCAUGAAAUCAUUCCGUUAUCCUGCCAUAAGCCAAACUGCAGUGGGGUGUUUAAUCAAGAAAGAUUUUAAGUCAGAAAUCAUGGGACUCUUGUUUUACAGGACAUUCUAAUAUAUGUGUAUUUUAAGUUAUAUGAUCAUGAUUGAGAAACUGCUCCAAGACUCAAGUGAACACAAUGAAUACUUUUUUUUUCUCCCUUGUUCUAAUUAAAGAUUUCUUGUGACCUUUUCA